CCCAAACACCUCUUAAUUAGCAUGCCUGUGUGUAGCAUUUAAGUUUUGCUUUCAGAUGCUUUAACAAGAGAAUGUGCCAAAAGCAGCAAUAUAUGCACAUUCUUGACUCACUCACUCUCUGACACAUUUACACACUUAUGCUACACUAGGUCAUCAGAUGAGUUUUUGAGGCUUGAAACUGUUUGAAUUUUGCCGCUGAAUGACUAAUCUGCCUCCAUCUUUGAGAGGAGCUGAAAGAUGCAGUAGUGAAGCAGGUUCUGUCUUACUGUUAACAAAGAAGUUGCCCCUUGCUAUUGGUAGACUGUCUUUUAAAUAUUCAUUCAGAAAAAAAGGAAAUAUGGUCUGAUCUUAGAUCAUGGUUCAGGGCAGCCAACAUCAGUUUUGAUUGUGAAGCAUUGUUCUCUUGACUUCCAUCUAGACAGCAAACUUACUGGUCAACAGUCAAGUGGGAGAGAGCGCUUUUGUUACUGCUAUCUGUUCACUAUCCUGUCUGACCCAGCUGGCCCUAAGCACUGCUGAUCAAAAGCAUGACAACUGUAAUAUCCUUCAGAUUAUCAUUAACGAAAUACACUUCCUUCCAAGUGUCUAUAAAUGAUCAGCUUCAAAAGUUCAGUAUGUUAACUCAUCAGAUUUACUGAUUGACAAAAGUUGAGUCUUGAAUCAUCAGCUCUCUUGUUGCUCAUUGGCUGUCUCGUUUUUAUUGCAGGAAGUUCCCUCUGAGGCAGGGAGUGUCUGCAUAUAAAAUGGUCUGCAGUUCACUGCUCCAUAGAUGCCACCUCUUCCACCUCCAGCCCCUCUGCCUCUUCCUCCCUGGCCAUGGGAGUCUCGUGCUCUGGUCCCUCCACAGGCCCCUCUACCUCAGCCUCAGACCACAUCAAGGCUCCACAGCAUCUUCACACCAGCGGAGGGGAUGGAGCUGGAGCUUCAGAGAAGCUCGGUGUGGAGGGUGCUCUCUCCACCUCAGGCAGAGGCAACAGUGGAGCAAACACUGCGGCAGGAGACAUAGGGUCAGGAGUGUUGCCAGGGUUAAGUGUCCAGCAACCUCAGAAUACCCCAUCAAAAUGGCGGCCUGUGCUGAGCAUCUCUCCACCGCCCGAGGAUCUAUUUGACGACAGCCAGAUGUCCUGCCAAGAGGACCCUCCCCCCUCUGGCCCACAGGGUCCAGACUCAGAGCAUAGCAGCAGCAUGUGGGCAGAUGACUCCGCCUCCAACUUCAGCUUGAUCAGCUCCAGCUCCUACAACGACAACACCGAGGUGCCACGAAAAUCCAGAAAACGAACUCCUCGCCAGAGACCUGGUCCCAAACCUGCUCCUCCAGAGGACAGCAUGGACGUGUUUGAUGCUGAUAGCGCAAAGGCCCCUCACUUUGUCCUGUCACAGCUGGGCCCAGACAAGACCACCCCCAAAGCCAGCUCUCUGGAGUCAGGAACUCUGGUGAAGGGCGGACCUCUGUCUGGUCAAUACCCCCAGAGGAGUGAUGGGAAGGAGCUAAAAAUCCUGGUCCAGCCAGAGACUCAGCACAGAGCCCGCUACCUGACUGAGGGCAGCCGAGGCUCUGUCAAAGACCGCACACAGCAAGGCUUCCCGACUGUCAAGUUGGAUGGUGUCAACGAGCCAGUUGUGCUGCAGGUCUUUGUAGCCAACGAUGCAGGCAGAGUAAAGCCUCAUGGUUUCUAUCAGGCAUGCAGAGUGACGGGACGUAACACAACGGCCUGCAAGGAAGUGGACAUUGAGGGAACAACUGUCAUUGAGAUCCCACUCGAGCCCAGCAAUGACAUGACACUUGCGGUGGACUGUGUGGGAAUAUUGAAGCUGCGUAAUGCGGAUGUAGAGGCCCGUAUUGGUGUGGCUGGGUCCAAGAAGAAGAGCACUCGUGCCAGAUUGGCCUUCAGAGUCAGUAUCCCUCAACCUGAUGGAUCUGCCCUCAUUCUACAGACCCCAUCAUCACCCAUCCUCUGCACCCAACCAGCUGGGGUACCAGAGAUUCUGAAGAAGAGCCUUCACAACUGCUCGGUGAGAGGAGGAGAGGAAGUCUUCAUCAUAGGAAAGAACUUCCUCAAAGGAACCAAAGUCAUUUUCCAGGAGAACAUUGCAGAUGAUAGUUCCUGGCAAGCUGAGGCAAAGAUUGACAUGGACCUAUUUCAUCAGAACCAUUUAAUAGUAACAGUCCCUCCGUUCCACAACCUAUCAGUCACCUCACCCGUUUCUGUGGGAAUUUUUGUGAUGACCAACGCUGGUAGAUCACAUGAUGCCCAGCCCUUCACCUACACUCCAGAUUCAGCGGAUAACUCGCUUCACCUGGGAGUAAAAACAGAGGGCAGCUCCCUGGUCAAGACCUGUCUGUUUGAUGGCCAGAUCAAAUCUAUGACUUCUGAGGCAUCAGAUUCCUCCGGUCAGCCAUCCAAACGCCAAGAGGUCAUGCCAAUGGAAGUGUCCAGCAAUACUCCACCCACAGAAGUCUUCAAGCCAUCCCCAGACCCUCUGGUCACAGGGCAGCAGACUCUGGAGCUCAGCUCGACUCCUCACCCAGGGGGAGAGUCCUUUCCGAGCCCCAUGCCCCUACAACCUGAGGAUGUGGAGCUUCCACAAGCCCCUCCUGUCUUCCCUAGCCUAGAGCCCCUUAGCACCAUACAAAAGCAAGACAUUGCCCCCACAACCUCCUUUCCUGUAUCAGGGGACACCACCAUCCCUCCUGUUCCCCCAGAGGUCCCUCAGCAGUUCCUCAGAGACCCCCAGGAGAGCCUCCCUACAGAGGGUUCUGGUAGUAGUGGUGGGGUGGUAGUUAUGGCCAUGUCCCCUAUGGCAUCUGCCUCUCAGCCCCAGCCACAACAGCCCCAGGUCCCCCUGUUUCCCCAAGAAGGGGUUACCCAGCUUGAGAGGGCAGUUAGGGAGUUGCAGGCUGGAAGCAACACCACACUCCAGCAGGUCUUGGAGGCAGCCGUGGUUCAGCAGCAGCUGAACUCUGUGCUGUACAGUCCCACGACUUCUGCAGAGUCCCUACAGCAACAUGUCCAAGAAAACAUGAAUAGUCUCAGACUGGGAACCACAGAGAACUCAUUAGCUACACAACAGCAGCUACAGAUACAACAGCAACAACAACAACAAAUACAGCAGCAGUUCCAGCAGCAUCAACAGCUGCAACAACAGCAAAUCCUUGGAAACCUACAACAUCAACAACAACAGCAACAUCUACAGCAGCAACAGCAGCAAGUCCUUGGCAACAUGCAGAUCCAACAGCAACUUUUACUACAGCCACAGGACCAACAGCAACUGCAGCAGCAACAGCAGCAAAUCAUGGAGAACAUACAACAACAACAACUUCAACAGCAGCAACAGCAGUUGCAACAAAAUCAGCAGCAGCAGGUCCUUAACAACAUUCAACUUCAGGAUCAGCAACAACAAAAUCAAAUACUCACCAACUUACAACAACAUCAGCUACAACAGCAACAGCAGCAACAACAACAACAAAAUCAGGCACUGAGCAACCUGCAACAACAACAACAGUUGCAAGAGCAGCAAGUCUUGGAGAACCUCCAGCAGCAGCUUCAGGCAGAGCUCCUCCAGCCCCAGAUCCAUUCCUCCCCUCAGCCCCAGCAGCCUGUGUCCCUCCUGCAGCAGGCUGGGGAGUUGCUCACCAUCCAGACCAGCUUUCCACAGCAGCCUCCCUCCCAUACCUCUCCACCACAACAGCUUUUCCAGUCUCCCCGACCCCUUGGUGAGAGCCCAGGUUCCCAGCAGCAGGUCCAGGCAGCCUUGCUCCAGAAUACCUUGACUGUUCUGACAAGUGGCAGCCUCAAUCCAGAGCAACAGUCCACUGGUUCAACCCUGUACCUGUCCCCAAACCCUCAGCCCCAACAGCAACAGCAGCAGCAGCUGGCAUUCAUCUCCUCCAUGGAGACGUCUGCCAGUGAGCCUCCGUCUGUUUCUAUGUUUCAGAGCCAACCCCAAGCCCAGCUUUCACAAAUACAGCAGCAGAGCACGCCCAUGGAGCAGCAACAGUCUCCCCAGCAGAACCAACAACAGCCACCGCAACAGCUAACAUUGGACCAGCAGAGCUCCUUGUUCCAAACCCACUCACAGGCUAACCCUCUUCCCCAGAGCCAGCUCUCACAGCCCCAGCAGACCAGUCUACUCCUCUGCACCACAGACCUUAACCCCCAGGCUCUUCCUCCAGCUCUCCUUUUCAGCACUCAGAGCCAAGGCCCUACCCCUAUUGAGGUUGGGGUCAGGAUCCCCCAGCCCGACCCAGCAGAACCUAUGUCCUUCCAGGACCAGAGUUCUUCAGGCAGCAACUCUUCUUCCACUGAGCCCCCACAGCCGAGCCUGUUCCAGGAACAGCAGCCAAUGCAGGUGGGGCCGAGCUCCAGCAACGCCCCAAGCAGUCAACCAGUGGAGCUGUUCCUGCCACAGACCUCUCUAUCUGGCCUGCAGAGUACUAUUGGCACACAGGAACUGAGCAGCCAGGCUCCUGCCUCUGGCACAACCAUCUUUGUGGUACAGGGUGGUGUGAGUGUGGUUGCAAACCCUGGCCAGCAACCCCCUGACCAGCUUUUCCAGAGAGCAGUGAGUGGGAGUGUGGCACCACAGGGACAGACCAACCUGUUUGUGUUUGGCAUUCAGAAUGACUCACCACAGCUGCUGACUUCCUCUGGACCCACCCUGUCAGCCCAGAGCCAGUCCCAGAACCCCAGUCACAUGCAGCCGCUUCUGGACCAGCCCAUGGCCCAGACUGGACCCCCAAUGCAGACCACCAUACACAGCAGCUUACAGAACACCCUUCAGGCACAAAUGCAGUCCAGCUUAGAGAGCGCCAUGCAGACCAACCUGCAGAAUGCAAUGCAGACAAACACACAAACUGCUCUGCAGACCAGUUUACAGGCAGCUAUAGAAACAAGCCUGCCAACCCCAAUGCAGACCAAUCUGCAGACACAGAUACAGAGCAACUUGCAAAAUACACUUCAGGCAUCAAUAUCUGCCUCCUCCAACAUGGAUAAAAUCGAGGACCUGCUGGAGAGCCUACAGAAGCAGUGAUAGAUGCUGGGGACCACAUGGGCACUAAGGAGAGUGUUUGUUAUUUAUCCCAGAGUCUCACAUCCUCAGAUCAACAUAAAUUGGAGUUGAGUGGUUCCCUCUGCCAAUGCCACAAUGCUCUAAAGAAUUCAGAACAUUACAGAAAAAUUGCCCCUUUUACCCAGAACCCACACUAUGUGCUCAUGUAACUCCUGUUUUGGUGGAUAUUUAUCGUUGAUUAUAGCCUACUGUAUGUACAACCAUUCUUCACUGAAUCGACGAAUCCCCAUUUGUUGAGUUAUUAUGCCUCUUGCAGGAUCAGAGAGGCCUGUAAUAACUGUUUCAUCCAUCAGUCUCGCGUAUGCAGUGUUUGUUUUCAGAGUGUUUAAUAAUGUGAGCCUAAGAGAUGAUGGGAGGAGAAACCAGGUUUGGGGGAGAGGAGGGAAAAACUGGAAAGGGAGAAAGAAUGUUAGAGCCACAGGGAAAAACGGUGAUGAGGCAAUGUAUGAGAUUGCGAGGCUAUCGGAGCGGACAGAGUGGAGAAAAAAAUCUGAUGCUCAUGGUACAUGCGCGUCAGAUGUCAGUUUUGGUGAAUCUUGAGACUUGGCCUCAUUUUGGCACCUCCCAGUGUUUUGGGGUUUAUUGCUCUUCAUUGGGUUCGCAGAAGCUUUCUCGGUUAACUUUUAAGAAGCGUUCAAUUUAUGUAGUGUGCGUAUUCUCUCUUUUUUUUGUUUGUUUGUUUUUUGUUUUGUUUUUUUUGAAGGAGUUGGUAAUGUUUACCAAUUCAUUGUGGAUAGAAACUUUCCACUAGUGAAAAUGAAGCAUUGUGUGGUUUUCUAAACGUUUUAUCUUAAGCACUUUAUAACCUCUAUUGUGUAACCAGCUAAUCCUUAUAUCCAUCCACAGCUCUCUAUUGACCCAGCUGAUUUGUACUCGGAAACGUCCAUUAAAAAUAAAACAAAGAAAAAAAAAGAAAAGAGAGAGGAAAAAAAAAAGCAUUUGUCUUUGUAAAGGUAAAUAUUUUAGACAUCUUUACCGAGCAUUUUUACAUUUUCUCAUGUCACUAUAUUUUUACAGUCGUAGAUAACUUUGUAUAGAAUGUCUGUUCACUGUUGAAUCCCUCUAUGUAUUCAAUCUCAGUGGUCCAGUCACUUCUGUCAAAAACAAACCAACCAACCAACCAUUCCCACAAAAGCAUUGAUUGUCAUUUGUCAGUGUCAGAGUGGUUAGGUAAGUAGGCCUUUGUGUUUUUUUACACACCGACAAAACAUCUGAAAUACUGAUUUAUCAGUUUGUGCAUUGCAAUGAAGGAUUUGCAUUAUAUUGCCAUUUGUACUAUUUGAUGUACAAUCUGUCACUUGAGACUGUUUUACCUUGUGUUGUUUUAGAUAUUUAAGCUUUUUUGUCUCAGUGUUGGUACCGUGUGCAGGCUGGCACCAUGUGAAGUUGGCACCCAGUACCCAUCUCUUGUGUUGUUAACAGGGGCUCACUGGUAAAUGAAAUCUCUGUUACAUAGAGGCUGCCAUUUUGAUUCUGUGUAUGGUGCUAUGUACAGAAGUGACGGGCACUUCUGAUGUGAUAUUAAUACUUACAGUUUAUACUCAUAUCAAUAGUACUGACAUUCUUUGUUAGUUUUGAGACAGUUGCGUCUAGAGAGCACGGUGUUGUGGCAGGGUCAGAGCUGAAGGCAGUAGGGCAGCCAGGCAAACCAAAACUCCUGUUUUGAAGCAUCGUCGUCUCGUCUUAAACUCGUCCUUUAAAACACCCUCAUAAUGUUUACUCAUUUGUACUUACUCAUUUAAAUUAUGCAGCUCUUACAUGGAUAGCAAUUCAGUGUUUCUUUUGUUUUUGUACAAAGCUAGAGAAGACAUGUAAAGGUACUUUGUUUCAUAGUCAAGUUAAUCUUGCAGUAACAUUUCCACCAAACUGAAGAUUAUUUUACGUUUCUGAUACGUUGACCUACGUUUUCUGUUUUGUUUUAAUGCAAAAUAAUACUGCUGUACUUUUCAUAUCUACAACAGUAGCCAAUUUGACAUGAUCACAAGCCAAUUUUAUGAGAACUAAUCAGAUUUUAGCGUAGAGUUGCUCACAUAUGCAUUUGUUUACAUUUUCAUAUUCAUACUAUUUUGUCCUGCAUAAGUCAGUGAUCCAUUUUGAAGUAACUUAUCUUUUUUAGAAUUUCGUACCCAUGGAUCAAAUUGUAGAGUAUUUUUGUAAGACUAAACUUUUUGGUUUAUGCUCAUAGCACAGAAUAUCAUUGUUGAUAUGUUUUUGUGAAAUCAAGUGCAGGUUUCAUUGUCAAAUGUGUGACUCCAGUUAGAAAAGUAAUUAAAUGGAUAUCAAGCAAAUAUGUUAGAAUAUAAUUCUACUGCUGUUUUUGAUAACAAAGUUACCCAUCCCCUUUCAACAUAAUAUAUGGGCUAGGUUUGUCGUGUUGUGUUUUUUUUUUUUUUUUUUCUUUUUUGUAUUGAUUAGACACAUUUCACAUUUGAUUGAAAUGUCUUGCAUCUCAAAUGGCACUUUGACUCAUCCAUUAACUGUAGAUCAGGUCAGAGCUUAGUAAAGAUGUUUCCAAGCAUUCCAUUCCUCUUGGGGAGGAGGGUUUAAGAGCACAUGAUGUUGCGGAUGUUGGAACAGUAAUGCCUCUUAAAGCCAUACCAACACAGAAAGCCAACCUGUGACUUCAGUUUCAUGAAUGUAAAUUUUACCUCAUGGUGUGAGAAGAAAAAAAAAAACA